AUGGCAUCUCAACCGCCCCAGCACUUCGUUAUUCUAGGUGCGGGAAUCAUCGGUCUGACGUCUUCCCUUGUCCUCGCUAAUGCCCAUCCCGGAUCCACCGUCACUAUCAUUGCCAAACACUUCCCCGGCGACCGCAGCAUAGAAUACACUUCUCCCUGGGCCGGCGCAAACUGGUCUUCGAUGGCCAACGACAAUGGGCUGCUGGAAAAGUACGACGAGGUGACCUUCAACCGCUUCGGGCAGCUUAUGGAUGGGAAGAGCGUGCAUGGUUGUAGAGUUGUGAAGAGCGGAGAGGGAAACGAGGCGGGGUUGGGGCGGCAGCAGAUGUGGGCUGUGCUUGAUGCGCCCAUCGAAGAGACGAACCUGCUAACACCAGAAACGGGAAAGAUCUGGUAUGAUGAACUUGUUGGCGGCCUGCGGAACCUGAAGAAAGAAGAGUUGCCUGAAGGUGCGGUUUUUGGACUCGAGUUCCCGAGUACGUUCAGGAUCAAUACACAGGUGUACUUGCAGUGGUUGCAGUCUCAAGCCCUCAGCAAAGGCAUCAAGCUUGUCCGACGACAACUGUCUUCUGUCAAGGAGCUGCUCGCUUCACAGCCCACUACCACUCUGGUACUCAACGCCUCAGGCCUCGGUGCGCUCAAGCUCGAGGACGUAAAAGAUACAAACAUGUACCCCACGCGCGGGCAGACAGUCCUGGUCGCUGAACCCAAAGAGCCAAUGAAGAGAAUGUACUACCGCUCACCGAAGCGCAUCGACCCAACAACGACCUAUGUCUUCCCGCGCACCCUAGGCGGCGGCGUGAUUCUGGGUGGCAGCCGUCAGGAUAACGACUGGAGCAACGAAUGGGACUCUGAGCUCGAAGCGCAGAUCCUGCAACGAUCAUGUGCGUUGGCGCCCGAGUUGGGAAAGCCCGAGGAUUUGCAGAUUAUCAGCAGGAACAUCGGGCUGCGACCGUCGAGAAAGGGUGGCCCAAGGAUUGAGAUCGAAAAGGAGAAAAAGUGGAGUGUCCCUGUUGUGCAUGCCUACGGGCAUUCUGGGGCGGGGUACCAGGCCAGCUGGGGCACGGCGGAGAGGGUAUUGGAGUUGGUGCAGAAGGCGUUGAGCCCGAGUGCAAAGCUGUGA